GAGGCCGAGGCGGAGGCGGCCGACCAGGCCUGGGGCAGCCCCGAGGAGGCCGCGCAGGAGCUCAGCGACCUCCGGUGCAUGCGGCGGCAGAUCCGGUACCUGUUCGGCGGCGGCGUCACCGACCGCUCGGACCACGCCGCAGACGCCCCGAGCCUGCAGGAGUUCCUGAAGGGCUCCGGCGCCGAGGCGCCGAACCCGCUGAGCAUCCCCGGCUUCCCCAUCCCGCAGCCGCCGCCGAGGGCGGCCCGCCAGCCCGCGAGGCCGCCCGGACUCCAGGGCAGGGGCCGCACGAUGUCCUCGACGGCCUCGUCCAACACGGACGUGGCCUUCAGCAGGGCCGGUGCGGAGGAAGAGCACCAGGGCCCACGGCGGGACGAGCGCCGGGACCGAAAGCACCGGAAGCACCGUCGCCAGGACGGUUCUGCCGAGCCGCGCGCCGACAGGGGCGAGCCGCACGCGCAGCGGCACCAGCCAGGUCCUCCUGCUGCUGCUCUUCCCCGC